AAACUUCGUUAUAUAGCCAUUAACGUACUUUUCAACCCAAAUUUCGAAAAGCUGAAGCCACGAAUUCUAGCACUACAGUCUACAUAUACAGUUCUACAGGAUUAGCUCCAAUAACAAACAAUAUGGAUCAAGUAAAAUGGAUCACCCACAACAAACACACAAAACAUCCAUUGAAAGAAGUCUACAAAAACUCAAAAUUUGAGUGCAAAAUCUGCAAAUGUAAUGGUAAAGAAAUGCGAUUUCGAUGUGAUCAAUGCGAUUUCAACAUCCAUUCAGCUUGUGCUACGUGCCCAGUUUCGCUCUCCUCGUUCACACAUCCAGAACAUGCUGUUGAACUAAUGGAGAGACCAAAUCUCGCACACAAAUGUCAUCUAUGUCAAAAACCUAUUACAGGGAUGGUUUAUAGGUGUAAGCUGUGCAAGUUUUUUAUGCAUCCUGUUUGUAGUGAAUUUCCUGAGUUUUUGUUUAAACAUGUCAUGCACCCUCCUCAUACUUUGAAGCUUCAAUUAAUGGAGUCUAGUAAAUGUGAUGUUUGUGAUAAAUCAUGCAAACAUUGGAGGUAUUUUUGUGGGAUUUGUGAUGUUCACAUACAUGUUGGGUGUUUGUCAAGUAAGAACAAUAUUAGUGAAGAUGAUGAAGGUGGAUUUGGUGAGGUUUUGGGUGUGACUAUUUUGGGUGAAAUUGCUUCUGUUAUUGCUGGAAGUAUUGCUGGAGGUUGAUGUGAAUGAUGUUUUCUUGUAUGGUCUUAUUUGAUGACUAUCUAUAUUCUAUGUCAAACACAUAGUUUCUAUGAGCUUUUUUAUUAUUAAACUAGUUUAUUUCUGUGAGAUUUAAUUUAAUACUACUUUAUUAAUGUGAAAUGGAGCAUUAUCAAUGGUACUUCUUGUAAA